GGUUGGCGAUGAAAUGAACUUGGAGGAGGAGAUGGAAACGCUGAUUGACAUACGAUUGGAGUUGGAGGAUAAGGCCAAAGUGGCAGACGAAAGCUCGGAUGACGAGAAUGACGAAGAGGAGGAGGAGGAAGAUGAUGAUGAUGACGAGGAGGACUCGGAACCUAUAGCGCGCCCAGCUAAGAGGUGGAGGAGGAACUGAGAUAGCGGCUUUAGAAAGCGCACAAAGAGAUUAAGCAGGUCUUGCAGGCGCAUAAGGAUUGGUGGGACCUGGGCGUUUGAUCUAUCAGGAUUGACGAAGGUCGGAGAAAUCGGAUUUCUUUGCGUAGUACAAGAAUCACGAACAAUAUAAUCAGUAUCAGUAUCGGGA